CCAUGGCACAGAAUUGGUGAGUUAUCCACUCUACAACUGAAAGAAAACACAAACAAGAUUUAGCUUCAAAUACAGGUGGAGCUUCAAUGUCAAAGCCAAGGCUUGGAAAAUGUGGAUCGAAAAUAUUGACUUACUUAACAAAACAGUAUUUACAAUGAUGCUAAAUGUAGCAGCCCCAGCCAAGAAGCGCAGGGAGCAGUAUACGAGGAUGGUGGGAGCAAAGGCCGCACAGGUGCCUACAAUGGCGAGCUGAAGGGUUUCAGGAGAGAUACCAGAAGAUGUGAUGCUGGUGGAUGGCAAUGGGCACCUCAAGUCCCUCGUCACAAUCAGUGGAGACAUGGUCGGGCGAUGAUAAUGGUUUCCUGCCAUUUCAGAAGACAUAUGAAACAAUGAUGGCAUAUCUAGAGUCAAGAUGGCUGGAAGAGAAAAAGCUGAAACCAUUGUGCCCCAUCCCUCAAAUCUCCCAUGAAACACAGAAAAUCCAAAGGAGAGAAAAUUAGGAGGCAAGAUAACCCAGGACACAGGCAAAAGAAUUCUGUAUUGUAAGAUAAGCUUCAUCCAAGGAUCACCAAACUCUUGACAUACAGACAGACAGAGAUGUCUCCCAACUUGUGGAAAUAAAAGUGACUUCAUCUUGGAUGCUAAUCUGCCAUGUUGACUGCUGAUUAACCCCAAUCCUGGCUAGAAGUAUCUCUAUGAAAUAAUGAUCUCUAUGACUACAAAAUAACAUCUACCUCCUGAUCGCAAAAGAACUGAGGAAGCUCUUUCCACUACGGCUGUAUUGCACUGGUGAGUCCGGGCCCAUGGAUGAGAAAUUGAUGUGAGGAUCAAUACAAGCUUAAUUUGAAUUAAUAAAAGGAAAUAUUUUCUCCCUUUGAACUUAUCUCCGUAAAGCCAUUGUGCCUCCUGUUGGGGGUCACGUGUUCACAAUCAAUGGCCUUUGAGGAGCUCUUGAGUCAAGUUGGAGGCCUUCGGAGAUUUCAGAUCCUUCAUCUGGUUUUUAUUCUUCCCUCUCUCAUGUUAUUAAUCCCUCAUAUACUGCUAGAGAACUUUGCUGCAGCCAUUCCUGGUCAUCGUUGCUGGGUCCACAUGGUGGACAAUAAUACUGGAUCUGGUAAUGAAACUGGAAUCCUCAGUGAAGAUGCCCUCUUGAGAAUUUCUAUCCCACUAGACUCAAAUCUGAGGCCAGAGAAGUGUCGUCGCUUUGUCCAUCCCCAGUGGCAGCUUCUUCACCUGAAUGGGACUAUCCACAGCACAAGUGAGGCAGACACAGAACCCUGUGUGGAUGGCUGGGUAUAUGAUCAAAGCUACUUCCCUUCGACCAUUGUGACUAAGUGGGACCUGGUAUGUGAUUAUCAGUCACUGAAAUCAGUGGUUCAAUUCCUACUUCUGACUGGAAUGCUGGUGGGAGGCAUCAUAGGUGGCCAUGUCUCAGACAGGUUUGGGCGAAGAUUUAUUCUCAGAUGGUGUUUGCUCCAGCUUGCCAUCACUGACACCUGCGCUGCCUUCGCUCCCACCUUCCCUGUUUACUGUGUACUACGUUUCUUGGCAGGUUUUUCUUCCAUGAUCAUUAUAUCAAAUAAUUCUUUGCUCAUUACUGAGUGGAUAAGGCCCAACUCUAAAGCCCUGGUAGUAAUAUUGUCAUCUGGUGCCCUUAGUAUUGGACAGAUAAUCCUGGGAGGCUUGGCUUAUGUCUUCCGAGAUUGGCAAACCCUGCACGUGGUGGCGUCUGUACCUUUCUUUGUCUUCUUUCUUCUUUCAAGGUGGCUGGUGGAAUCUGCUCGGUGGUUGAUAAUCACCAAUAAACUAGAUGAGGGCUUAAAGGCACUUAGAAAAGUUGCACGCACAAAUGGAAUAAAGAAUGCUGAAGAAACCCUGAACAUAGAGGUUGUAAGAUCCACCAUGCAGGAGGAGCUGGAUGCAGCACAGACCAAAACUACUGUGUGUGACUUGUUCCGCAACCCCAGUAUGCGUAAAAGGAUCUGUAUCCUGGUAUUUUUGAGAUUUGCAAACACAAUACCUUUUUAUGGUACCAUGGUCAAUCUUCAGCAUGUGGGGAGCAACAUUUUCCUGUUGCAGGUACUUUAUGGAGCUGUCGCUCUCAUAGUUCGAUGUCUUGCUCUUUUGACACUAAAUCAUAUGGGCCGUCGAAUAAGCCAGAUAUUGUUCAUGUUCCUGGUGGGCCUUUCCAUUUUGGCCAACACAUUUGUGCCCAAAGAAAUGCAGACCCUGCGUGUGGCUUUGGCAUGUCUGGGAAUCGGCUGUUCUGCUGCUACUUUUUCCAGUGUUGCUGUUCACUUCAUUGAACUCAUCCCCACUGUUCUCAGGGCAAGAGCUUCAGGAAUAGAUUUAACAGCUAGUAGGAUUGGAGCAGCACUGGCUCCCCUCUUGAUGACCUUAACGGUAUUUUUUACCACUUUGCCAUGGAUCAUUUAUGGAAUCUUCCCCAUCAUUGGUGGCCUUAUUGUCUUCCUCCUACCAGAAACCAAGAAUCUGCCUUUGCCUGACACCAUCAAGGAUGUGGAAAAUCAAAAAAAAAUCUCAAGAAAAAGGCAUAAAAAUGAUUGCUACACAAAAGUGACCAAAUUUUAAGAAGCCUUCAUGAGCUGAUUGGUGAGGAAAUUCAGAAAAAAAUACAGGAAAAGAACACACCAGAAGGUUUUUUUUCCCUACAACCAGCAAGAACAUAUAUUAGAUACAUGAAUCUCAAUUAUAAUUUGGCAUUAAUUUGCAUUUUAUUUCAAAAUUAACUUGUGGGGACAUGUAAUCUCUUGAGCAAUCUGAUAUUUUUGGGAAGUCCUUUAAAAAGUUACAAAUUUAUCAAUAAAUUACUAGUAGAUAAGAUGAUUCAGAAACAAAAGAAAAUCACAGAAUUAGGAUGUGGCUGGCUGGUGUAUGAAGCACCAUGUGAUGAAUUCAUAAAGUUGCAAAAGUCAAAACAAUACUGUACAUGCAACCAGAAAUCAAAAUAAAUCCAGAAAUAGAGACCUAUAUAAAUGCACUUAAUACAUGAUACUUUUGACAUAAUAAGCCAUUGGAAAACAGAAAGAUUAGAUACUAAACAGCAUUGACUAUCUCUUUGUAAAUACAGUCACUAAAUGAUGUUAGUUACUUUUCCAUGGUGGAAUUUUAAUUACUUUUUCUUUGUAAUUUUCUCUCUGUAUAUUUUAAACAAAUAGCUGGUAUAGUUUACAAUAUUAUAAAGAUAUUGUUCAAAUUGAAGGGCAAAGGCCAGAUUCAGCAAUUUUCAAACUGUAU